GUUCAAUUAAUGGCGGAAUUUACCGGUCACCCCUUGUACAGCUGCAGCAAAUGCCGGAACCCUGUUGCGCUGCGCGACGACCUUCUUUCUAAAACAUUUCGGGCAAGAUCGGGGCAGGCCUAUAUGUUCAGGCAGGCGAUGAACAUUAUGGUGGGGCAAAAAGAAGACAGACAACUUCUAACUGGUCAUUUCACCAUUGCUGGCAUCUAUUGCAGCAAUUGUGGAGAGGAAUUGGGUUGGAAAUAUUUUCGAGCUUAUGAUCCAAAACAGAAGCAUAAGGAAGGGAGGUUCAUAAUUGAGAAAUCGAAGAUUCUUAAGGAAUAUUGAUCAAAAACU